UUUAACGACGCCGGAUUGCGGCCUAUUUUGCCUUUCUGGUUGGACCUCCCGCACUGCGACAUCUUCUCCUGCAUCAUGCCAGACAUUUUGCAUCAGCUGCACAAAGGCAUGUUCAAGGACCACACUGUGAAAUGGGCGAUGAACUGUGUAGCGGGAGGCGAUGAUGAGCUAGAUCGUCGGUUUGCAGCCAUGCCAAUGCACUCAGAGAUUCGGCACUUCAAGAAGGGCAUCUCGCUCGUGUUCCAGUGGACGGGAACCGAGUACAAGAACAUGGAAAAGGUCUUCCUCGGUGUGCUUGCUGGCUCCGUACAUGAGGACGUGAUGCGCGCCGUCCGUGGACUCUUAUACUUUAUCCACUACGCCCAGUUUGAAACUCACACAACUACAUCUUUAGAGGCUCUCAAAGUGGCAUGGCGGCAGUUCCACAUAUACAAGUACGCGUUCAUUACUUACUACAAUGCCAAGCAGGCGAUGCCGGCGAACUAUGCGAAUUUCAGCGGCAUCCCGAAGCUUCACAGGAUGGAUCACUACAUCCAGUCGAUCCGUCUGCUUGGCACCGCAGACAGAUACAAUACAGAGGGCCCAGAGCGUCUGCACAUCGAUUUUGCUAAGUUGGAUUACCGCGCAAGCAACCAUAGGAAUUACUUUGGCCAGAUGACGACCUGGCUCGAUCAUCAGGAAGCCGCCAUUCGCUUCGAUGCCUAUCUACAUUGGCUGCAACUUCCAGGGCUUGUUUGA